CGUUCGGUUUUGUUUCUGUUCAAUAUGUUCAUUUGAUGUAAAUGAAUAACAGAAAUCAACAUAAGCUCUACUACUUUGCGAUAAUUUGUCACAACCGGUCGCAGUGGGCAACACCAAAGUAUUGUCAUUGUUGGUUGGUAUUGGCGCGAAAGCCAAACGUCAAGCUACAAACGAAUGUAAACUUCUCAAUCUGCGGUACAGAACAUUGACAAAAGAUUCGUUUGAAACGAAAAAAGUUCGAAACAAAUAAUUAGACUGGGAUUCAAAUAGAAACGCGUAAAAAAAAUGGUUGAAAAUAAAGCGGAGGAGUAUAGUCAGCAGGAUCUGCAAGACAUGCUGAAAAUUUACUACAAACGACUUUUUCCACGCAACAGUUUCUUCCGCUGGCUCACGUACAGUCACACUGAGCCAUCAAUAUUCCAAAAUCGUGAGUUCUCCUUCACAUUGGCCGAUGAAGUGUACAUUCGAUAUUUGUCAUACGAAAAUUUGAACGAAUUUGAGAAUGAUUUGUUUGCGAAAAAUCCAUUCAAAAUUGAUAUUGGCGCCGUGAUGACCAUCCGGCCGAAGGAUCAUCGCGUGGGCAAUGUGCAGCCCACACAACGCGAGCUCGUUUUCGAUAUCGAUAUGACCGAUUAUGAUGAGGUGCGUACAUGCUGUUCGGGUGCUGAUGUUUGUCAAAAAUGCUGGAAAUUCAUGGUCAUCGCAUGUCGUAUACUGGACGAAUCACUGCGAGAGGACUUCAAUUUCGAGCACAUUCUAUGGGUGUUCAGUGGACGUCGUGGUAUCCAUUGUUGGGUUUGUGACAAAAUCGCCCGUCACCUGGACAAUAAAAAUCGAAAUGCUGUUGCUGAAUACUUGAAUUUGUUUACAUCCCAAAAUUCGACCAGUCGUGUUUCAUUGCCCGGCGAUCGAAUGCAUCACAGUAUGAAGCGUGCCCAUCGAAUUGUCGAAGCAUAUUUCGACGAAAUUUGUUUAAACGAUCAAAACAUAUUCGGUUCGUCGGAGGGUCGAAAGAAGUUGCUCGAAUUAAUACAAGAUGAAAAUACGCGAAAAGAAUUGGAAAAAAGUAUUAUGAGCGUUGAAGCUGGAGAUUCAAAGACCGUUUGGGACAUAGUAAAGCGAUACGUGAUUGCAAAUCGAAAUGUGAAAAAACUCAAAUUUCUGAUCGAAGAAAUUCAAAUGUCGAUUCUAUGUCCACGUUUGGAUAUUUCUGUGAGUAAAACAGCCAACCAUUUACUGAAAGCGCCGUUUUGUGUGCAUCCAAAGACCGGCAAAGUAUGUGUACCGUUCAAUCCAUCUGCUGUCAGUAAAUUUGAUCCAACAACUGUGCCAAAACUUCGGCAGCUCCUCAUCGAAGUCGAUCAAUUUGAUAAAAAAGACGAAGAAAAUGGCUCCGAAAAAAGUCGCAUCGCAUUGACAUAUCGGAAGACUGCAAUGUACAAAAGUGUCAUCAUUUUCGAGGAAUUCUUGAGGAAAUUGGAAUCGAGCCAUAAGAAUGCUGGAACUAAGUUAGAGAUAAGCGAUGCUAAAAUGGAAUUUUAAAGUUUCGUUUUUUACCCUGUGCUACUCUGGCGCCGCAUAUGUUGUUGCCCGUAGUAUUGUGCGCCCGUACAAUCAAUAUGCGAUUCCAUUUGAAAUAUGUAUUGAUUUUGUUGUUUUGAAUACAAAGUCUCAAUUUUAUAUUUUGAUAAAAAUAAAGAUGUAAGUUUGGAGCGUUUCAAAACGCCAAUUUCAGUUUUUA